UCGCUAUGGAGCGGCUCGGUGAAGCUCGUGUAGAAUUAGCUACAGUAAGCUACACCUCUUUGUAGGACUACUGCUGCUGGUGCACAUACGAUACGUCUUAUAGAAAAGAGACCCACCGCAACUAUUAUCCACGACUGUGAACUGGAUUUUUUUUAUUUUUUUGUUUUUUUUUUUUGGUUUUGGUUUGCGGUUUACUUUUGUACAGUUAAAUAAUGGGGAAAAGGGUCGACUUUGGAUUGAAUGGCAAGGAUAACGGUUUCUCGCAUACGGGCAACCGAAGAUUAAAAGUGCUGUUUGCUUUAUAAGGACUAUUGGACUCACCAUCCCUCAACCUCAUUAUGUAAAUAGAAAGAGAGCAAGACCUUCCAAUAUCCAUCUGUCUGUCAUAAACUGUUUCCAGACACUUAUCAUUUACAAAAUGUGGAGAAAGAAGAGCAGAGCUUUCACCGUGCUGGUCUGCGUCAUCACCAUCACCACCUUUUUGUUCAGCUACACCUACCACGACCCCUCGCUGUACUUUUUCAAAUUUGCCUUCGGGCUGUCGGACAACCUCCUCCCCAAGGGAACGUGCGCCUGCAGCCGGUGUGUCACCGACAUGGAGGAAGACCCCUGGUUUAUGGAACGCUUCAACCAGUCGAUGGCACCCCUCAUGUCCAGGAAGAACAGCGCGCUCUCCGAGGACACCUUCAGGUGGUGGCAGUGGCUGCAGUCAGAGCGGCACCCGGCCAACUACAGCGACGUGGUGCAGAGGUUGUUCGAGGUCAUCCCAGGUGAAGAGCAGUACAUGGACUCAGGGCCCAGUCGCUGCAGGACCUGCUCGGUAGUGGGGAACUCUGGGAACCUCAAGGGAUCCAAUUAUGGACACCUCAUCGACUCCAGUGACUUUAUCAUAAGAAUGAACCAAGCUCCUACGCUGGGUUUUGAGACAGAUGUUGGCAGCAAAACCACUCAUCACGUCAUGUACCCAGAAAGUGCCAAAAAUCUGCAGAACACCACCAGCCUGGUGCUCAUCCCCUUUAAGAUCCUGGAUCUACAGUGGUUGAUCAGUGCACUGACUACCGGCACCAUUAAACAUACGUACUUACCUGUUAUGUCCAGGAUAAAGGCUAACAAGGAUAAGGUGUUGAUAUACAAUCCUACUUUCUUCAAAUAUGUCUAUGACACCUGGCUCGAGGGCCACGGCAGGUAUCCCUCCACUGGUUUCCUUGCCUUAAUGUUUGCCGUUCACAUCUGUGAUGAGGUAAAUGUUUUCGGAUACGGGGCGGACCAGAAGGGAAACUGGCAUCACUAUUGGGAGAACAACCUUCUGGGCGGGGCCUUCCGCCACACCGGCGUACAUGACGGCGAUUACGAGUACAACGUCACCCUGCUGCUGGCCGACAAACAGAAAAUCAAGAUGUUUAAAGGGAGCUGACGGCCCAGCGGCCCGUGAGAGACUGGCCUGUGAAACAAGCGUGACUUCUGAGUGGCCUUAACAUGCUGUCGGUGAGGACACUGAAGGGCUGGGGCAGCCUACCCCCCAAAAAAAGCUUUGUGAUACCAGACAAACAGUCAGUGAGUCAGUCUCACAAUUUGCCAUAACACGCCCAGCUUUUGUAAAAAAAAAAAAAUUCAAUAUGACUAAUACGAUGCCGUCUAAGAUUUUUCUACCGAGGGAGCGCCGUGGUUAGACUGUUUAGCUCGAUCCCAGAAAAUCCCCUUGAAAAAGAAUCGUCUGCAUUACCUGUGGUUCAGCGCACUUGAAUCAGCGGGGAAACAUACGGGACCCGUGCUUGGAAUCAAACUUUCCUUUUCGCCCAAUCGAGUCGAGGAGGCUGCAAGGAGAACGACAGCAAACGUUACGCCAAUAAUGGGUUCUGGGAGCGGUGGCGGCGCGGAUCGCCGGUUUUGCCAAGUCACACCGGCCGACGGCGGACACGGCUGAUGUCACGAUUCUAGCACAUGGGGAUGUAUGUUGGCGACUGCCAGCGACUUCGCCUCUCCUCCUUCGACAGCCCAACGUCACCUGCUGCAGAUGGCUGCGACAAUUUAUGCAACCGAGUACGGCUGUUUUUGGCUGCGGGGGGUUUGGGUGUGAGAUGACAGGAGGUCUGUAAUAGGCAGAAUACUGGCAAAAUCAAGUGAUACAGAGAACCUACUUUAUGCCUCCCAUUUUCAUGCCAAAAGAACUGCGGCACAUCUUUUCCCGCAGAUGCUAUGUUUCUGUUAUUACAAUGGAUCACAAUGUUUUUACUUUCCAAACCAAUAUCUUAAUUAAUUGUCUUGUUGCCAGGUGAUACGACAGACAGGCUGAUUAUAAAUGUUGGGGCAAGCUCCAUCAAUACCUCACUAUGUUUAGAUUUUUUUUAUAAUUUUGUCUUUAUGAUUUUGGUAAACGUAGUAAACAAUCUGUGGUGCCAUUUAGUGCAAUUCCUGUGCUGUAACACGUAAUAAGAUCUGCAAAUCGGUUGGCUGCUUCACAAAGCCAGGCAGUGUACCCAACAAGAUCCAUGAUUGUAAAUUCUAAAACUUUCUAAACAAUACUGUAUAUGUAUCUUACUCUUACGUGUCUGUCAUGGAAGUUUAUCUUGCUGGUUAGGAUAUUUUUUUAAUACAGAACCUGCACCGAGUAUGUGUUCAUUGCACAUGUAAUGAAGGUGGCUCAUUCUGUCACUGUGAUUGGUGGAUGGAUGGGACCCUACUGACACCGCUGCAUCCAUAACCUUUGACCUUUACCCAGGUUUUGCGUUUCAGUCCAGGGUGGGUUUGAGCUCACUGAAAUGGAAUGUAUUCCAUAAUGCCUGUCUGUGUCACAUGAUUACAGUCACAGUCAUAUCUGCCCGGUUGUUAUGACCAUGGCCUGGGAGUAGAAGAAAGGAUGGCUCUCUCUUCUGUGUGACCGGGGGGGGGGGGAGCGUUUGUUGUUUUGCCAUAUCUGAUUUCAUGGAGUUAAGAUCAGAGGCUUCUCUUCAGAAGUGUCUGGCAGCGAGGCCUAUGUCUACAUAAUAUCUGAAGUGCCUUAUCAAUGAAGUACCUAAUGUCUAAUGUUUUUGGGAAAGAGGAGUGGGAUUGUGUGCCUUUUAAACCUUAUCUCAUUUUUCUUAAAGGAGCACUUGUUUUCAUUUUUAUCAAGAACCUUUUAUUUUAUUUGUUAGAUGUUUUGAAAUUCAGUACUGUUGUGGUUAUGAUAUGUCAUUAAUCUUUGAAUAGAUCAUCAUGUUUUGAAUACUUUAGAAACCCCU